CGUCCAGCGACAGUUGCCUGCUGUCGGUGUGCUGGCGCUGCCGGGCUGGAGACCCUUUCGUUCUGAGCAACGCCCGGCGUGUUCGAGCGCCAGGGGUUUGCCUGAGCUGUGCUGAAGAGUUUCUCCCCACCCAGGCUUGCGCUCGGCCGCUAAUCUCCGUGUACUCGGAGAAGGGGGAGGCCUCGGGGAAGAACGUGACGCUGCCGGCCGUGUUCAAGGCCCCCAUCCGCCCCGACAUCGUCAACUUCGUGCACACCAACCUGCGCAAGAACAACCGGCAGCCCUACGCCGUCAGCGAGCUGGCAGGUCAUCAGACCAGUGCCGAGUCCUGGGGCACUGGGAGAGCUGUCGCUCGUAUCCCCCGAGUGCGGGGUGGUGGGACUCACCGCUCAGGCCAGGGGGCCUUUGGGAACAUGUGUCGCGGGGGCCGCAUGUUCGCCCCCACCAAGACCUGGCGCCGCUGGCACCGCCGGGUGAACACCACUCAGAAGCGUUACGCCAUCUGCUCCGCCCUGGCCGCCUCCGCGCUGCCGGCCCUCGUCAUGUCCAAAGGCCACCGCAUUGAGGAGAUCCCAGAAAUUCCUCUGGUUGUUGAAGACAAAGUUGAAAGUUACAAGAAAACCAAGGAAGCCGUUCUGCUUCUUAAGAAGCUUAAAGCUUGGAACGACAUCAAAAAGGUUUAUGCCUCCCAGCGUAUGCGGGCUGGGAAGGGCAAGAUGAGGAACCGCCGUCGCAUCCAGCGCAGGGGACCCUGCAUCAUCUACAACGAGGACAACGGGAUCAUCAGAGCCUUCCGCAACAUCCCAGGAAUCACUCUUCUGGAUGUGAAGAAGCUGAACCUGCUGAGACUGGCUCCCGGGGGGCACGUUGGCCGUUUCUGCAUCUGGACAGAGAGCGCGUUCCGGAAGCUGGACGACCUGUAUGGCACCUGGCGCAAAGCCGCCACGCUGAAGAGUGACUACAACCUGCCGAUGCACAAGAUGACCAACACCGACAUUGGGAGAAUCAUGAGGAGCCAGGAGAUCCAGAAGGCACUGCGUGCUCCCAAGAAGAAGAUUCGCCGUAGGGUCCUGAAGAAGAACCCACUGAAGAAUCUGAGAAUCAUGAUCAAGUUGAACCCCUACGCCAAAACCAUGCGCCGCAACACCAUCCUGCGCCACGCCCAGAACCACAAACUUAAGGAGGAGAAGAAGGAGAAGGCCAAGGCCAAGCUGGCCGCCAAGCCCCCG